AGCGUUGUGAGAAAUUGUGAUUAACUCACCGCCUCCAAAGGGUAGAUACAAAUUAAAGUAGAGAGAUGGUUGAUCCAUCGCCACGCAUGGAAAAGAUUGGGAGUAGAGGAGGAGCUACGGCGUUCGCUGCUCAAGUAAUUUCCUCGCUGCUGCUGCUGCUAACGCCAUUCGGCGCCGCGGCAGCCACCGGCAUGGCCGGGAGAAACUGCACCAGAAGCUGCGGCGGCAUCGACAUCCCCUACCCGUUCGGCGUGGAGCCCGGCUGCUACCACGCCGCCGGCUUCAACCUGACCUGCAGCCACCAGGAGAACCCUCCCAAGCUGUUCCUCGGGGACGGCACCGCCACCGCCGUGCAGGUGCUCGAGAUCUCCGUCCCCGGCGGCAGGGUGCGCGUCAACGGGAGGCGCGUGCAUCUCGACUUCGACGGCGGGAACGCCACCGUGAACGGGACAUGGGGCGGCCUCCCACGCGGCGGGCCGUACAUCCUGUCCGAGUCGGCGGCGAACAGGCUCGUGGUCGUCGGCUGCGGCGUCCAGGUCGACCUCCGGGCCGCCGGAGACGACCGCGACGUUCUGGUCAGUUCUUGCACCGCCGUUUGCCCGUACGUCCCCUUGCGACAAUCUGGUGGUGGCACCUUGGGCAGCAUGGUCAUAGGCCCUUUCGGGAACUGCACUGGCAUCGGCUGCUGCGACACCAGCAUCGCUCUGGGCUACUCUGCGUACAACCUUCACGGAUCGCAGCAUGGCGACCAACUGUAUUACAAGCUGUCCACCUCUGCCUACAUAACUGACGGUGUUUUCAACUAUAGCCGGGACAUGAUCAAUGGGGAUAAUGUCCCUGAGGCGCUCCCGGCAACGCUGGAUUGGAUAAUCAGCAGCUCGACAUGUCCGACGAACGCAUCUGCUCCUGAAUGCCGCAGCGACAACAGCGUCUGCCGAAACACCACUGCUGGUGCCGAUUUCCAGCAGCCGUUCAAUGGUUAUGUGUGCUCCUGCUCUGACGGGUAUCAGGGCAAUCCGUACAUCCUCGGUGGCUGCCAGGAUAUCGAUGAGUGCAGAACAUCAGAAAUCCCAUGCUAUGGCGACUGCAAGAAUACUGUAGGAAGCUAUAUUUGCACAUGUCCAAGUGGAUAUACAGGGAAUGCUUCCAUCCCCAAUGGAUGCAAAGACAUUGAUGAGUGCAAAAACCAAGAAGCAUACUCAUGCUAUGGGAUAUGCCAAAAUUCACCUGGAAGUUUUCAUUGCCAAUGUCCUGAUGGAACAUAUGGAAAUACUUCCACAAAAGGAGGAUGUGUUACUAUCAAGAAUUCCUUCACAGGUUUAAGCAUUGGGCUCGGAGUUGGUGGUGGAACAAGUAUUUUGCUUCUAGCCCUUGGUGGGCCCUACAUAAUGCGCAAAGUCAAGCUGCAAAAGGUGAAGAAGAUGAAACAAAACAAUUUCAAGAAAAAUCAUGGGCUACUAUUGCAGCAAUUAAUAUCACUCAAUACAGAUAUUGGUGAAAGGAUGAUAAUUACCUUAAGGGACAUAGAGAAGGCGACAAAUAAUUUUGACAGUGCUCGUGUAAUUGGUGGCGGAGGGCAUGGUGUCGUGUUUAAAGGAAUUCUAGAUCUUCAUGUUGUGGCGAUCAAGAAAUCCAAGAUAGUAGUUCAAAGAGAAAUCAGUGAAUUCAUAAAUGAAGUUGCAGUUCUUUCUCAAGUGAACCAUAGAAACGUGGUGAAGCUCUUAGGAUGUUGCCUUGAGACAGAAGUCCCAUUGCUAGUUUACGAGUUCAUUUCAAAUGGAACUCUUUGCCAUCAUCUUCAUGUUGAAGGCCCGAUAUCGCUAUCAUGGUAUCACCGAAUGAGGAUAGCAACCGAGGUUGCCAAAGCACUAUCCUACCUACACUCAUCUGCUUCGAUGCCAAUAUUUCAUAGAGAUGUUAAGUCCUCCAACAUACUUCUUGAUGAUGCCUUAACUGCAAAGGUAUCAGACUUUGGAGCUUCCAGAUAUAUCCCAACUGAUCGGACAGGAGUGACUACAGCGGUUCAAGGAACGAUGGGCUACUUGGAUCCAAUGUACUAUUACACAGGCCGACUAACGGACAAGAGUGAUGUUUUCAGUUUUGGUGUCCUUCUUAUAGAAUUGCUUACUCGAAAGAAACCAUAUGUGUACAGGUCUGUCGAUGAUGAUGGUCUUGUUUCACAUUUUGUUUCAUUGUUCACACAAGGUAAACUGGUUGACAUAAUAGAUCCCCAAGUCAUGGAAGAGGAAGAUGGAGAAAUCCAAGAAAUAGCCACACUAGCAGCAACGUGUACAAAAUUGAAGGGAGAAGAUAGGCCUACAAUGAGGGAAGUGGAGAUGGCCCUUGAAAGCUUGCUAGUUAAGAAGAGACAAGUUCCAUAUAAAGGAACACCAACGAGAAACGAAGAGGACGAAACUAUCGCUCAUUACAUGUCAACUAACGACCAAGCUAGCAGGCAAUACACCAUGGAAGAGGAAAUGCUAUUAUCAGCAAGCUAUCCCCGGUGAUGAACUUUUGUUAGUCCUGAACAACUGCACUUCAUAUACUCAUUUCUAAUGCCUCAGAGCAUUACAAGUUGAGGAGAAACUACCACUUCCUUUGUUCGCG